AUGCCUGGAAAUAUUCCACAGGUGACCUUGUGGCCGGCAGUCACAUAUUGGUGCAUCACUCGACAAACUGAAAGUAAAAUAAAUUCAAAGCCUUCGGACUUCUCCGGGGCCAGCAGCCGCCAGACCAGGGGCCCGGUGCCACGGGCUCAGCCAACGGCCCUGGGCUCCGUGUCCAACCAGCAGUUUGCAGGUGGCUGCGCCAAGGCGGCAGAAAAGACGUCCGAGGCGGCGCCGGAGGACGCGGCCCGGGCGGCGGACGAGCCUCAGCUGCUGCACGGUGCGGGCAUCUGUAAGUGGUUCAACGUGCGCAUGGGAUUCGGCUUCCUGUCCAUGACCGCCCGCGCCGGGGUCACGCUCGACUCCCCAGUGGACGUCUUUGUGCACCAGAGUAAGCUGCACAUGGAGAGGUUCCGGAGCUUGAAGGAGGGUGAGGCAGUGGAGUUCACCUUUAAGAAGUCAGCCAAGGGUCUGGAAUCCAUCCGUGUCACCGGACCUGGUGGAGUGUUCUGUAUUGGGAGUGAGAGACGGCCAAAAGGGAAGAACAUGCAAAAGCGCAGAUCAAAAGGAGACAGGUGCUACAACUGUGGAGGUCUAGACCAUCAUGUCGACGAAUGCAAGCUGCCACCCCAGGCCAAGAAGUGCCACUUCUGCCAGAGCAUCAGCCAUAUGGUAGCCUCACGUCCGCUGAAGGCCCAGCAGGGUCCUAGUGCACAGGGAAAGCCAACCUACUUUCGGGAGGAAGAAGAAGAAAUCCACAGCCGUGCCCUGCUCCCGGAGGCGCAGAAUUGAGCCACAAUGGGUGGGGGCUAUUCUUUUGCUAUCAGGAAGUUUC